AUGGCGUCGAAGUGGACAGGCAUUACGACCUUCCUCGCGGCGUCAAACUUUGCCUCGGCUGUUGCGAAGCCUAUUGCUCCUCGUGAUGGGUUGAGCCCGAAGGUAGAGAUCGACUAUGCCAACAUCACUGGACGGAUUAAUGGGAACAUUAAGGAGUUUCUAGGCAUCCCCUUCGCCUCGGCCGGCCGCUUUGAACACUCGCAGCUCUACACUGAGCAGCUGGGCGAGUUCGAUGGUAGUAGCUACGGCCCAAUCUGCCCGCAAAAGACGGCGGGGUCAAUUUUGUCCAUGAACUCGUCUAGCAGCCUGAUUUUGGGCGAGAUGGGCACGGCAAUUGGCCCCGUCGUCGGCUCUCUGGCCGACACGGUCUUCAACACUAUCGGACAGACCCGAAGUGAGGAUUGUCUCCUCAUUAAUGUGCAAGCGCCCGUCAACAGUACCAAGGGAGACAAACUGCCCGUGGUUAUCUGGAUUCACGGUGGUGGAUACGAGGUUGGAAGUCCCUUUACAGCCACCAGCGAGACAGACGCAACCCGCGGCACCGUGCCAAACUACAACGUCGGCGGUCUGGUGCGGACCUCGGUCGACCUUGGGCAACCGAUCAUCGGUGUGUCGGCCAACUACCGCCUCAAUGCAUUCGGCUUCUCUGCGUCGAAGGAGAUGGAGGAGGCCGGACUUCUGAACCUUGGCCUUGAGGAUCAGAGAGUUGCCAUGCAGUGGGUCCAGAAGCAUAUUGCUGAUUUCGGUGGGGACCCGGACCAUGUCAUUAUCAUGGGCGAGUCGGCUGGGAGCUGGUCUGUUGUGGCGCAUUUGCUGUGGGAUGAGGGAGAGGGCGCGUCUGAUCUGUUCCGCGGUGCGAUGGCUCUAUCUGGCGGACCCGUCAUGGUUGAAACUGCCGAGCGCGCUCAGCCUUUCUUUGACCACAUGGUUGAGAGGACAGGGUGCACCAAUGUCACGGACAAGAUCGCUUGCUUGAAGGAUGCCGAUUUCGACGACAUCAUUGCGUCGGUCAACGACGAGGGAAUGCUUCUUGGACCUCGCUCCCUAGCCUCGACAUGGACUAUCCGCCCCGAUGGCAAGCACUUCAAGGAUUCUCCUCACCGUCUGGCUGCAGCCGGUAAGAUGGCCUCGGUGCCUCUGGUCACUGGCGACAUGCGCGAUGAGGGUACCUUAUUCUCCCUGCUCGCUCAACUCGAGACCCUCACAGAUGAGGACUUCGCUAAAUACUUCAAGGACAUCUGGUGGCCCAAGGCUACUGAUGCUGAGAUGGCUAGACUUUUGGAACUCUACCCGUCGGAUGCCAGUCAGGGAUCCCCUUUCGACACCGGCGCCCUCAAUGCCGUCACCCCCAACUUCAAGCGUCUGGCCGCAGUGGUCGGCGACUUCAGCUUCCAGGCGCAGCGCCGCAGUCUUCUGGCGCAUUACGACACCUCAGAGCAGGCUGUCUGGAACUAUGUUACCGAUGUCAGCAUUCCAUCGGCCGGUCUGCUGCCUGACUUGGGCGUCUUGACGCACCUGCCCGUGCUCGGCUCGUUCCAUGCCUUUGAUGUCUGGUUCUACAUGUUCGCGGGCUUGCCAUACGCCCUGAGCAAGAACACCCAGGCCUAUCAAGCGACCGCUAUUUCAUUUAUUCGCACUCUCGACCCUAACAACCAUGGUCUGGACCUUGUCAACUGGCCGAGGUAUUCCGAGGGUGGUCUGGAGACGUUCAACUUUAAGGAGAGCGGACCGGAGGUAGUUAAGGAUGACUGGCGUCUCGAGGCCAUGCAGUUCUUCAAUGAUCACCCUGAUUCCUUCUUGAUUUGA